UUCAACAGGACGAGCAGGACUCGGAAACGAAAGAAAACUGCAAGUAGUGACUGAAAAAAUUUAUAAAUAAAAGUUACAAGCUGAUCGUUGAGCAUGUGCAACACUUCGCUGCAACAUAACGGCUUCAAUAAUACGGUUGAUCCUUUAUCGUUUUCAACGCUUCAUCUUCUACGCACGUGUAAUCGGUUAAUGCUACCAAAUACAGAUGCGCAAAGUUACUACAACAUGACGAAGAAUAUUGGCGAUGUCAACGUAGACGAAGCUAUUUCUUCCUCCAUACCACCCAAGUCACCGUUAUUGGAUAUUAUUGAACCGUUAUCGAUGGCAGACUCUACAGACUCUCUUGAUGUUGAGACCCACAUAGAUAGCCGAAAAUACGACGACAACGUACAAAGGGGAAAAAUGCAGGGUUCUUCUUUAACAGCCACAAUCGGCCAUGAAAUAUCUACUAUACCUACAACAACAACACAAACACUCUGCAGCAACCCCAGCUUGCCGUUACCAUUGCCAACGAUUGGUCUCUUACCAAUUGCCGGCGGAGCCUUGACAGCUAAUAAACCAACUUUACCCGCCUUCGAAUAUAUUUCUCCCACAAAUCAUACGCUCAGCAUCGCCGACUUUCCCUUGAUGGAGCUGAAUAGAGUCGGUGUAUUUCCUGCGUUCCUGCAUCGACGUUCACGCGGCGAAAAGCGCCCCAUACCGGACGAGCAAAAAGAUGAGAAAUACUAUGAACGACGUAAACGAAACAAUGAAGCAGCAAAAAAAUCACGUGAUGCCCGAAAAAUACGCGAAGAUCGCAUUGCAUUCAGAGCCGCCAUACUCGAGCAAGAGAACUCGAUUUUGCGUGCGCAGGUUAUGGCCCUACGCGAUGAAUUGCAAACUAUGCGACGGCUCGUUGGUUCGAGUUCAACGUCUGCAACAGCCGCUGUUUUAGGCGCUGGCGGCAGGGGUCUAAUAGCGUUGUAAACGUUUAAAGAAGACAUCGUCCUCUGCAAUGUUUUACAAAGGCGUAUGGAGGUUUUAAAAUUAGAAGAGGAAAAUCACUUGUCAUCGAUGUUUCUCGACUAGACUGGUUAAGUGGGAG